AUGGAAAUCUGGGUCCUCCGCCAACGCCGAGUGCGAAAACUCGUCCCGUACAGACGGUUCCAACGAGUGCCGUGGGAGGUCACCGGUGAUAGAACCCAUGACUCGAACGCUAAAACCGGAUCGGAGCGCGGCACAACAUGGCAAUCGACUCGGCCUUGCACCGUGACUACCGGCACGCCGGCCAAACCCGAAGUUGGUGCCGACCAAGUUGACCGACGGAGACCUAGUCGCUUCGCACAUGGCUGCAGUGAAAUCGUGUUUAUUUGUGACGAUGAAUCGAUAAACGAGCGGGCAGCUUGGAAACUUCCAGAACGAUCACGUACCAGCGCCGUGCCAAGCACGACGGACGGCGACCCGAGCCCGGAUAAUAGCGAUGUGGGGACGGCAGCUGACUCCUCCUCCUCCGACGACGGCGCAACGUCCGUAACCGUCGGAUGCAGCAGACUAUGA